AUGUCCGCGUCAUUGAUUAGGAGAGGACUGGAGCUGCUAAGCAACGACAUUAAAAGUGAAAAUAAGGCUAAGAAGAAGGUGACGACGCCCAGCUCCGCUGCAGCGAUGGCGAUGGUGAGCACCAACCGCCAGGGCGUCACCCGCCAGGUCAAACGGUUGCAGGGUCGACUCGGGCAAUCCAAGAGCAAAGCAACGGUCAAGGACAAGCGAGUCAAAUGUGCCCUCGAGGAGUUCAAGAAGAAAAAGGGAGAAAGUCAGAUGAAGGUCAACCUCAAAUACUUCAUGAGAACUAGCAUCAAGGCGACAGAUUCGGACACGAAGAAAAUCCAGAACUACAAUACAGGAAGACAGUCCCGCGAUCGUCCCAAGAACCUUGUUGCUCAAAAGCCCAAAGAGACCAAGUCGGUGUUCACGGAGGAGGAGUUUCAGCAGUUUCAGAAGGAAUAUUUUGGCAGGACCGUGGAACUGAACAAAAAUAAUUCCUCCCAAAAACACUGA